AUGAUGUAUUGUGGAAACAACGACACCAAUGGCCCGAGAUUCUUUCUGGUGUAAGUAGCCCUCCUGUGUUUGAUGAUAGAACUGCUUUAGAAGCUUUUGUUCAACUUUAUUUAUCUUAUUUUAGGUUUGGAGGGACUCCUCCGAGACCUGGCAUGCUGCCACUUCAACCCCCCGCCGAUCGGACCUCCAGAUCUCAGAAGGCCAAUGUGGGGUAGUUGUCCAGGUCCGGCGAUGGGUCCAGAAUCAUUUGGGGCCAGAAUUCCCUUUCUUCCGUCCGCCGAUCUUCAAAAGACCUCUGAUGAAUAAUUUCCCCAUUGGUAAGUUGUUUUAGCCUUCUUUUUGUGGAGUUUUAGGUGUAAGGGGGAGUCCGGGAUCGUAAUAAGAAUUGUGAAGUCUUUUUGAGACUGGCUUUCAGGGGUUUAUUUCAAAUUUUUAGCAAUUUUUUGGAGGUAUAGGAGUUUUUGAUCAUGGAUAAUAUUAAUUGGUCAUUUCUCCUUAAUAUUUUUCGAUCUGUGGCUGAAGGUAUAUAUUGGAUGAUAGAUCAUGAUCGGAGAAGAUACAUUUUACUUUUUUAAUUAAGAUUCUAGCCAAAGUUUUUGUUCUUUUCACCGCCAUCCCUCUGUUUUCGAGAUCCUCGCAUUCAGUUGCAAAAAAUGACCUCACUUCGUCUUGCAGCUGUUUCAUAUUUUGGUCUUUUGACUUUUGGCCAACUCCUGAUUGAUCAAAACUCGUGAGACAAAGCACCGAGAUUUUGUCGAAGGUCACGCUGUUCCCACGUUUUCCCACACCGCGGGCGACUUGUUUUUUAUAAUUUAUGAUCGGAUUCGGCGAUAAGCGCCCACAUUUCGCCAUCGGAAAUCUGAUUUUAAGGACGAUUUUUUAUUGGCUGUGUCAUGGAUAAUAUAAUUUUUGCGGAAAUUUGACAAAUUUCGUUCGUUUAAUUUGUUAUCGAUGAUAGUAUAUGUCGUUUAAAGGUAUUUUGAGGUGUUCUUAAAACGAUUACACCGAGAAUUCCCGAUUAUCCAUGUGAAAAAUGGCUCCGGUGCGGAGGCUUCAAGGAAAGUGGACGGACUGAAAUUCGACAGAAAUAAAUUGGACAGUUUGUGGAAAUUGGACAGGGGGAGAUUGGACAGAGUGAAGUUGGACAGGUUUUUUUCACUGCAAGAAAUAAUUAAAUAGUGAAAUUUGCAGCGAAAAAAUCUGUUAAAUUUCACUCUGUCCAAUUCUUACCUGACCAAUUUUCAUACUGUCCAAUUUAUUUCUGUCGAUUUUCACUCUGUCCACUUUCCCUGAAGCCUCUGCACCGGAGCCAUUUUUCACAUGGACAAUGGGGAAUUCUCGGUGUAAUCGACAUUAAGAACAACUCAAAAUGCCUUUACACGACAUUUGCUAUCGUUGAUGACAAAUUAAAUCAGCGAAAUUGGUCAAAGUUCUCAAAAAUUAUAUUAUCCAUGACAUGGCCGAUCCAGACAUAUGGACCUGGAAAAUUUAAGGGCUAAAUUUUUGUUUAUGAAAUUUUUUUGGAUGUGGCAAGGGCUGACCUGGAUUUUUCGAUUUUUGACGAUCGAAAGUUGAAUGAAGAAGUCUGCUUGCAAAGUAUUGCUAAUAAUGAUGCAACAAAGUGGGUUCUCUCAAAAAAAGGCAGAGAAGUAAUAGGUUUUAUGAUCAUUUAUUUUUAAUAGGUUUUAUGAUCAUUUAAAUUUUAAAACAGCUUUUUUGUAAGGGUCGAGCUAGCUGUGCACAUGAAACAGGAUGUCGCAGCAGAGUCGUGAAACGGUAACCAUAGGUUUCCCUAAUCACGAAUAUUAGAUUUCAGAAAAAAUUUUUUUGAUUAUUGGCCUACUUUAGGUGUACUGUAGCUUUCCCGCAUUUCCAGGAUCUCGGCUACAAGACGUCGGAUUGUAUCCGGACCUUCUCUGAAUUAUAGAAUGGACAAUUCUAAGCAUCUUUCAUGUUGGGCACUUUUUCCUAUCUGUGCCGGAAGUAUUCUAAAAAUUUGCAUAAUUGUCAGAAAAUUCACAUUUUUCAAAUUUUAUAGAAAAAUUUGCAUAAUGGCAUGACAUUUCUAUUACCCUAAAAGAUGCUCCGUGAUGUGGCAAUUCAAACGGUAUAUAGAUCACCGCAAGGGGUUCUGCCUAUGUUGCAAACGGGUCGUCUAAAUGUUGGAUCAUCAGGAAUUUAAUUUUUCUGAACGUCAAAUUUUGUCAAAAAAAUGUGGUGUUUGGUAUAACCAAAGAUUGUAUUGGACUUCAAAGUGGUUCUAAAGUAAAAAUAUGUAAUUUUAUGACAAAAUAAUGUUAUAAAUCUUUAAAAGACGAUUUCUGAGUCAGUGGACAUAGGAAAAAAUCAAUUUUGAGAUUUUUGCAUUAAAACGACCGUCUAUAGAUGCUAAGCAAAAGCGAAGGACGUUUUUUGCCAAAUCCUCCAUUAAGAUAUAUUUUUUUACAAUUUACUGUUUUUUAAGUAAUCGCUUAUAGUUGUCGUAUUUUAGCUCUGAAUACAACAAUUUUAAGCUUACUGAUGUUUUCGACCAUUACUAACACGACGGAGCUAUUAUUUUUUUUAGUUUCCUACUGUAACUUCCCGUGAUACAGUAUUGGCCGAAAAAAACGGCCGUAAAAUCCUUGUUUCUAAAAACCCCCAGCUGAUUUUUUGAUAUGUUAAUCAGCGUAAAAUUCUGCUCUAGAUGCAAUCAAAAAAAGUGCAAAAAGUGGUACGACAAAUUUCGUGGUGUAGUGGUUAGUGGGCGGGACUACCAUUCCAGCGUCCCGGGUUCGAUUCCGGCUGGGUGCAAAUGUCAAAAAAAAUGCCGCAAAUCAAUUUUUUAAUUACCUAUUUUUUCUUUGGAACCACUUUGAAGUCUAAUACAAUCUUUGGUCAUACCAAACAUCAAAUUGUUUCGACAAAAUUUGACUUUAAUUCCUGAUGAUCCAAUAUUUAGACGACCCGUUUGCAACAUAGGCAGAACCCCUUGCGGUGAUCUAUAUACCGUUUGAAUUUCCACAUUACGGAGCAUCUUUUAGAGCAAUAAAAAUGUCAUGCCAUUAUGCAAAUUUUUCUAUAAAAUUUGAAAAAUGUAAAUUUUUUGACAAUUAUGCAAAUUUUUAGAAUACUUCCGGCACAGAUAGGAAAAAGUACCCAACAUGAAAGAUGCUUAGAAUUGUCCAUUCUAUAAUUCAGAGAAGGUCCGGAUACAAUCCGACCUCUUGUAGCCGAGAUCCUGGAAAUGCGGGAAAGCUACAGUACACCUAAAGUAGGCCAAUAAUCAAAAAAAAUUUUUCUGAAAUUUAAUACUCGUGAUUAAGGCAACCUAUGGUUACUGUUUCACGGCUCUGCUGCGACAUCCUGUUUCAUGUGCACAAGGCAAAUCUGAAAGCUCGAGUCUUUCGCAAAACCUGUUUUAAGCGAUUUUGUGUAAUUUUCUAGCGAUUUUUUGAAAAAAUUUUGUACUUUUAUGAUCACAUGUCUUUAUUGAUCUAUAGACUUUUCGAACUUGAGUAGCCGCCCGCAUCAGACGUCUCGACGAAUUUCUCACGGGGUUUCGAGUUUAAUUCGACAAAUUUCUCACAUGGAUAAUAUAAAUGUCUGGUGACGGAACGGGAAAAUGGGGUAAAUUUGAAAGAAAAUGUGGGGAAUAAGGAGCAGAAAGUUUUUUGAAAUCAAUUCUGGGGAUUUUUGGACUUGUAAAAUACACUUCGAAAACUUGUUAAUAAACCUUAUGAAAAAUGAAGUCUUCGAAACAAUAUCCACUGCGAAAUCUGGAAAAAAGUAGGUAAAGGGGGGACCAAGGUAAGUUUCGUAGUAGAAACUACCUGUGGCCCAAAAAAAAAUAAAUAGAAAAUUCGAGUUUUCCUUUUUGGAUUUUUCUUAUUCGUGUGAUGCGCAUUCGUGUGGCGCAUAUUCGGGUGAUGGAUUUUCGGGGUGGAUGAAUUCUCGGCUGAUGAAGUAAUAAAUACUGUACUGAUGGUUACUAAAUAUGGCAUAACACUGUAAAAAUUUUUUAUUUUUUGCGGUUUUUUUGAUAGGGGAUUUGAAUAAUACUGCAGAAAAUUUUUAAUUUUUUUAUGUCAGUAGCCAACUGUACAAUAUUUACUUCAUCAGCCGAGAAUUCAUCCACCCCAAAAAUCCAUAUGCGCCACCCGAAUGCGCAUCACACGAAUAAGAAAAAUCCAAAAAGGAAAACUCGAAUUUUCUGUUUUUUUGGCCACAGGUAGUUUCUACUACGAAACUUACCUUGUUCUCUCCUUACCUACUUUUUUUCCAGAUUUCGCAGUGGAUGUUCUUUCGAAGACCUCAUUUUUCAUGACGUUGAUUAACAGGUUUUCGAAGCGUAUUUUACAAAUCCAAAAUCCCCGGAAUUGAUUUCAAAAAACUUUCCGCUCCUAUUCUCCACGUUUUCUUUCAAAUUUACCCCGUUUUCCGCUUCCGUCGUCAAACAUUUAUAUUGUCCAUGUGACAAAUUUGUCGAAUUAAACUCGAAACCCCGUGAGAAAUUCGUCAAGACGUCUGAUGCGGGCGGCUAAUAUUGUUUCGGAGACCUUUUUUUAUGAGGUUUCUGAGCAAGUUUUCGGGGCGUAUUUUAAAAAUCCAAAAAUCCCCAGAAUUGAUUUCAAAAAACUUUCCGCUUCUUUCUUUGAACAUCCAUCACCCAAAUAUGAAUUUAAGCAGAAAGUUGAAGUUUUCGAAAUUUGACGCUGCAAAAAAAGAUUCAGACGAGUGUUUUAUGAACUGUUAGACCUGAUAUUGUCUUUUUCAGACUGUAACUCCGUCUGA